GUUGAACCCUAAACUUCAUUCAGUCCGGCAUUUUGUUCGCGUCCGCCUCAAACAAAUAAGAGCAAAGGGGUGGAAAUAAAAAGAAUCAACAAAAUGUGGUGAGCACUGUGAAGUCUCCGUAAUUUGGAUCUGAGGAGAAAACAGAAGACAGUCUGAUGCUCUGGGAGUUGAAGAAACAAUUGAAUAAGUAGAUAGAAGUGUUUCGAUAAAAGAAAGUCAGAGUCGGCCAAGGGACACAUGAGAGGCAUUUUUAUCAAGACGUGUAUUCCCCUGGUGAUCAUAUAAUUUUCCAUCGCCGUGGCGACGUGUUUUAAUUGAUUGGCAUUGUUUCUAUGAGUAUCGGGGACUAUUGAGAGGACUCUGUGAUUGCGGUAUUAAUGGCUGAGUGUGCAUCGAUGGUUUCGAGUCAUACAAGUUGAAUGAUUGAUUUUCAAGCUGAUAAUAUGGAAACUACCAACGAUCAGCCGAAUAUGCCGCCCCAGGAGGCGCCAGUUAACUCUGAUCAGGAGCAGCAGGAGGAGCCCAUGGAGGAGGCUGAAGAGUACGCGUAUGAGAAUGAAGAGUACAGACCAUUCGUGCCGAGGGGUCGGGGUGGCUUCAGUCCUCAUGACAGAGGUUUCGAGUAUGGCAUGCGUGGAGGUGGUCCCCCAAGAUUCCGAGGUCGAGGAUUUGGUCCACGUGGACCGAUGUACAGAGGGUCCAACAACGGCUACCCAUACGAGGGCCCACCGAGGCCGAACUGUCCACCACCUUCUGGUCCAAGAUUCAGGGGGCCUCCACCUUUCGAUCCAAGCUGGGGUCCCAUGGGGCCUCCCAACAUGAUGGGCCCACCGAAUCUGAUGGGGCCACCGGGAAUGCCUCCACCGCAUAUGAUGAACGGACCCAUGGGCCAGGGCAGCCAUUACGGCCCUCCUGGAAUGGGGCCACCCAACAUGAACAGCAUUCCAGCUCAGCAAAAUCCACCCCAACAGAACCAACAACCGAGUAACAUUCCAGGUCUGGAUUUAAAUGGAGAGGUAUGGGUGGAAACCAAGACACCUGAUGGCAAGUCUUAUUUUUACAAUAUUCGAUCUAGAGAAACAACGUGGACCAAGCCGGAGGGGCCAAACGUCAAAGUAAUGGUUCAAGAUCAGUUGGAGCAGUUGGUGCACGGUGCAAAGCAGCCGAGUCGUGAGACAACAGCGCCAGGGGCAUCCCAGCCACAGCCACAACCACAGCAAGCCUCGAUACCUGAGAGCAGACCUCAGGUCUCGGAAGCAUCACCAGCAGACCCCUCAACAACUAGCACGGCUCCCCCAGGGACAGGUCCGCCUCCAUUGCUGAAUGAAGCCCCCGAGGCUAGUCAGCCUCAACCAGCUCCAGAGGCUGUUCCCAACGGCGCAGUCCCAACAGUCUCUCCAGCACCAGUUACCACUACGCCUGCGGCCCCCACAAACAUGCUGCAGCCUCCCCCAAACAUGGUGCCCAUGCAGCAUCGCAUGCCAAACCAAUACGGUGCCCCCAUGACAGCUCCCUUCGGUGCAACCCCUUUCGGCAUGCCUCCACCAGGUUUCCAGCCAUUUGGAGGAUAUGGACCCCCACAGCCAGCCUGGGGUAUGCCCCAGAUGCCCCACGGUGUAAUUACACCACAAACUCCAGCUGAGGAUCCUGCAAUCCUCGCUCAGAUCGACUCUGAACUAGUCUCAGCAGCGAUCGUCUGGACAGAGCAUCGAGCACCUGAUGGCAGGUCUUACUACUACAACAGUAAAGCUGGGGAGUCUGUCUGGGAGAAACCCCAGGCACUCAAGGACUUCGAGUCUGCUAAGAAUGCCCUCAGCAAGACGGAAGAGCCUCCAGUGUCGAAUGUAGCUCCUGGGGGUACUCUGGAGAGUGGCAAGGGUGACAAACAGCCAGAGGGCAUCAAUGAUACCAAAGAGAGUUUCAAGGAGGGCGAGGCCAAGGCCAAGAAGGAGGAGACACCCAAGGAGGCCAAACCCUUGGACAAAUCCAGACCCAUAUCGAGCACUCCAGUACCAGGAACACCCUGGUGUGUUGUUUGGACUGGUGAUGGUAGGGUCUUCUUUUACAAUCCCUCGUCCAGAAUAUCUGUGUGGGAGAGGCCUGAUGAUCUACUGGGAAGGCCCGAUGUCGACAAAAUGGUGGCUACUGUUCCUGAAGCUCUUGGGGGCCAGAAGAAUACCAGGCUGGAGGAAAGCAGUGACACCAGUGAUGAGGACCCACCGGUUGCUAAAAAGGCCCGGCAGGAUGAAGCCAAAGAGGCACCAGGAAAGGAAGUACAAGAGGAGGAGGAGGGGGAUGAGGAUGAAAAAACCGAGAAGAAAACCAUCGAUAUUGGGAAGGAGGCUGCCAUCGAGGCUGAGGUUCGAGCUGCCAGAGAACGUGCUAUCGUCCCUCUGGAGACGAGAAUUAAAUCCUUCAGGGAUAUGCUUGCCGAGAAGGACGUCUCGGCAUUCAGUACGUGGGAGAAAGAGCUCCACAAGAUAGUGUUUGAUCCCAGAUAUCUCCUGCUGACUUCAAAAGAGCGCAAGCAAGUCUUCGAGAAAUAUGUGAAGGAACGGGCUGAGGAGGAAAGAAGGGAGAAGAGGAAUAAAAUGAAGGAGAGAAAGGAUCAGUUCCAAAAACUCCUGGAGGAAGCGAAUCUCCACGGAAAAUCAUCUUUCAGUGACUUUGCCCAGAAGCACGGACGUGACGAGCGUUUCAAGAACGUUGAAAAAAUGCGGGAGCGCGAAUCACUCUUCAACGAGUACAUCUUAGAAGUGAGAAAGCGGGAGAAAGAGGAGAAAACAGCAAAAAGGGAGCAGGUGAAAAAGGAUUUCUUUGGGAUGCUGAGAGAGCACAAGGACAUCGACAGACAUUCCCACUGGAGUGACUGCAAGAAGCGGCUAGAGGGUGACUGGAGAUACCGCGUCGUCGAGUCAGCGACAACUCGGGAGGAUUGGUUUCGGGAUUAUGUGCGUGUGUUGAAGGACGAGAGGAAGAAGGAGAAGGAGAGGGACAAGGAGAAGGAUCAUCGUCAUAGGGACAAGGACCACCACAAGUCUGAUAAGAAGGAUAAGGAGAGGAAAGAGGAGAAGAAGGAGCGCAAGGAGAAAGAUAAGGAGAAGGAGAAGAAACGCAGGAGCAAUAAUUCCACUGAGGAAAAUGGAAAGGAGAACAAGAGAGAGGGUGAGAAAGAGAGUGGAGAAAUUGAGGAUGUUGACGACAAACUGACGAAGAAAGACAGUGAUAAUUACGAAAAUGAUGAGCACUCUGAUUCGGAGGAGGACCGUGAAAAGGCUAAACGCGAACGAGAGCGAAGGGCUGAGGCUAGUCUUCGGGAGAGGGAACGCGAGGUACAACGAACUCUUGCCACACAUUUGCGGGAUAGGGACAAGGAGAGACAGCAUCACAGGCAUACAGAGGCUGUGCAACACUUCAGUGCUUUACUCGCUGAUCUGGUGAGAAAUGGAGACUUAGCCUGGCGCGAGGCAAAACGACAGCUGCGCAAAGAUCACCGUUGGGAAUUAGCGGAGAGUCUGGACCGAGAGGAAAAAGAACGGCUCUUCAACGAGCACAUCGAGCAACUGGGGAGAAAAAAACGUGACAAAUUUCGGGAGCUGCUGGACGAGGUCGGCGCAUCGACUGAACUCACAUCCUCCUGGAAGGACAUAAAAAAAUUGCUGAAAGACGAUCCCAGAUACACAAAGUUUUCCUCAAGCGACAGAAAGUGUGAGAAAGAAUUCAAGGAGUACAUAAAAGACAAACUAGUUGCGGCGAAAGCUGACUUUCGUGAACUCCUCCAGGAAACCAAACUUAUAACUGACAAGACGUACAAAAAGGUCCAGGAGAACAGUGCAUCGUUGGUGGAAAUCGAGGACAUAUUGAGGAAGGACAGGAGAUUUUUGGUACUGGAGGCAGCAGCACAUGAGCGGACACGAUUGCUCAUGGGUUACCUCGAGGAAUUGGCACGCAGGGGACCACCUCCACCACCCACUGCCUCCGAGCCAUCUCGCAGACCCACAACAAAUUAAUUGGGCGUUCCGGCGUGCAAUACGUUAUGUACAACCCCAGACUCCACUAUUGGGAAAGCAAAUGUGGAUCUAAUUGAAGGCUGUUGUGCUUCCACUGAUGUUCAGCAGCUCCAUUGUCAUGUGUAAUUCUAGGGUUCAAUAAAAAAUAAUAAUAAAAUCAUAGAAAGAA